UCCUGUUGAAGACGCGCAGGCGUCCCCUGUGAACAAUACUGGUUUUAUAUGAUAUUUUUAUUAUUUGCGAAUGAAGGAGAGUACGGAGCAGUACGGAGCCAGCCCGGAAAGUCUAGUACACAUUCAAUCGUCGAUGUACACAUUGAAUCAUCAAACAACACCAACACACAGUACAACCCAGCUGAGUGUUUAAGCGACUCAGCGUGCUCAGUAAUUCAGUAUCAGUAUUCAGUAAACGCGUGGUCGUUGCACGAAUUAAAAUAUAAAAUUGAUAAGACGGUGUUUUUUAUUGUGAAUGUCAGAUUGUAUAUAAAAAAAAUAAAAAAAACAUCCAACAAGGUCAGAGGAUCAAUACACAGAGGUCCCACGUGGGUCAAGGUCAGAGAAAAUUUAUCUGCGACUCGAUUUUUCCUCAAAAAAACUCCAGAUAUAAAUAAAUGUUUUUUAAUUAUUAAUUAAAUUUAUUUGUGGAAAAAAAAAACAAAAUAAAAAUGCCAGCUGAUUUAGAGCUCAGUAAUAUUUUAAAUCGUCGUCAAAAAAUUAAUGAAGAACUUGAAGAAGGCAAAGAGGUCAAAAAAUCAUACAAAUUUAUUAAUGUUUAUACGGAAUUUCAUGAAUUUUCAAGACGAGAGAUUAAACAGUAUGAACAAACUUUCAACAGAUUUGAUGAUGGACAUGAUGGAUUUCUUGAUUUAGCAGAGUUAAAAAGAAUGAUGGAAGUUCUAGGGGCACCACAGACGCAUUUAGGACUUAAGGCUAUGAUCAAGGAAGUUGAUGAAGAUGGUGAUGGCCGAAUUUCAUUCGCAGAAUUUCUUCUGAUAUUUCGAAAAGCAGCUGCUGGUGAACUAGAAUCUGACUCUGGUCUUGGACAAUUAGCAAGACUAACUGAAAUUAAUGUUGAUGAAGUUGGUGUUACUGGAGCAAAAAAUUUUUUCGAAGCAAAGAUCGAGCAGUUACGAAAAGCAAAUAAAUUUGAGGACGAAAUUCGUAUGGAGCAAGAAGAAAAAAGACGUGAAGAAGAAGAGAAAGCCACGAGACGUGCUGAAUUUCUUGAAAAAGCAGCACUUUUUGGAAAAAAUUAAUUUAAGUCUGAUUUAAUUAAAAAAAAAAAAAUAAAAGAAAAAGUUUUAAAAAAUA